AUGGCAGACUCUGAAAACAUCCAGACACUUGAAGCCAAGUGCUUCUGCGGCUCCAUCCACAUGACGUUUGACGUCCCCGUCUCGUCUCUCCCCUUCGCCGCCUACCUCUGCCACUGCAGCAUGUGCCGCUAUGCCACCGGCUCGCCAUGCAUCUUCCACACGCAGCUCCCUGUUGGCCUGUUGCCCAAGUUCGUGGGCGAGUCGACCGAGGACAAGCUGAGCUCGUACACGGCCAAAGGGGCGGACUGCAGCUACGACUUUUGCUCCAUGUGUGGCUGCCACAUUGGCGGAGUGAGCCUUGACCGGCGUCAGUGGACCAUGGCCACAUCCAUCUUCAAAGACCACGGACCAGACAAGUUCCAGAUCAAGUAUCACGUCUUCAGCAAGAGUGCCAAGGGGCGUGGACUGGCAUCUAUCGUGACUCGAUUAGGCGACCGCGAGGUGAAAACGUGGAACCCGCCAGACGAUGAUCCCCGCGCCGCGCUUGUGACAUCCGAGGCCGAGACGGGAGACGAUGGCCAAGACCGCCUGCGUGCCCAAUGCCACUGCGGGGGCGUUUCAUUUACCGUCAGGCGGCCGACGAAGCAAGUGCUCGACGAUCCAUUCGUGACCAAGUUUGUCUCGCCUCUGGACAAGAAGAAGUGGAUGGCCGUCUUCGACGCCUGCGACGACUGCCGUCUAACCUCUGGAUCUCACGUCGUCGGCUGGGCCUUUGUGCCCCUUUCCGUGUGCGAGCCACCCAUUGACCCCAAGCUCACCAUUGGAACGGCCAAGUCGUACUCGUCCUCGGAGGGCGCGUUGCGCUCGUUCUGCGGCACGUGCGGCGCGACCCUCUUCUUUACCGACUCGGAGCGUCGGCCGAGCAGGGAGCAGGCCGUGGUCGACAUUGCAACAGGCAUAAUUCGGGCGCCAGAGGGAGUCAUGGCCGAGGAUUGGCUCACCUGGCGGACGCGCGUGGCCUUUGCGUCGAGCGGAGUGAGCUUCGACAAGGACUUUGGGGAGGCGCUGAGCGAAGGGAUGAAGAGGUGGACCAGGGAAAGCUACGGGGAAGAGGUUGACUUUGAAGUUGGCUAA